AUGUAUGUUAUUAGUAGAGAUCCAUUUGUAAAACGAGUUGAUCAAUUUCUCAAGCAUUCUCAUGCCACAAUUAUUGAUUCUUUCUUGGUCAACUUCUAUUUAGAUUCUCAACAACAAAGCAUCAUUGAUGAAUGGAUACGUUUUGUAAUUGCAAGAGGAAUUGGAAGAAUGGAAUUACUCUUUUGUGGAAGCCCUUACACACUUCGCAACAUGCCUCGCAAACCUUAUAAAUUUCCCUUCCAUUUAUUUCCAGAGACUAAUGCUUCAACUCUAAAGCAUUUGCGUCUUGAAUAUUGUGUUGUUUCCAUUCCCCCCAACUGCAAUUUUAUUCCAUUCAAAAAUUUGAGUUUCCUUUCACUUAUAAGUGUAAAAGUGGAUGGAGUUUUUAUUCAAAGUUUAACACAACUUGAAGAGCUUCACUUAAUUCAAUGUGAGCUCAAAUCAUUAACACUAAAGAUAGUGAGUUCUUCCUUACGUCAUCUCAAAGUUUCAUUAUGCUAUCUCCUAUACGGCAACUUCCAAAAGGAUGUAAACCUGAUUUCACUAGAUUGCCUUAAACUAAUUUCAUUGGACUACGGUGGACGUUGUUCGGCUAACAUGAACUUUAAUACGCCUAUGUUGAACAACAUUCAGCUCUAUGUUAUAUGUAGCGAACAACUUCUUAAUGCAUUCAGACUCUUGGCAACUCUUCCUAAACUUGAGAUUCUGCAAUUAGAUCUUUAUUCAAUGGUACCAACUUCCCUAAAAAUAACUCACCCACUCGAACAUCUCAAGGAGUUGAACUUGAUUUUUAUCCAUCCAUUCGACACCCCACGAAAAUUAGAGUUUGAUCUUUCAGGGAUCUUAACCAUCCUACAAGCUUCUCCACUUUUACAAAAACUUUCAGUCAUGCUCACAUUUCCUGAGAUUAUUGAAGAUCAAAAAGUUGCUAGGGAUGUUGAUACGUUCUCUCAUGAGGAGGUCAAAGUUAUUGAAUUGAGAGGUUGUGUUGGCAAUUGGUAUGAAAUUGAGUUUGCUAUGAAUGUUAUCAAAUAUGCCAACAAACUUGAGCGAAUAGUUUUGAGUCCAUAUUGGAGAGAUACUGUUGAAUCCUUGGAUUGGAGUUCUGAUCUUGCAUGGUUUCAAAAUGGGCGUCAAAGGAUUACUGAAAAGUUUCAAACUGAAGAACUAGUUGGAAGAGAAAAACUAGUGCUCAUAUAA